UUCAAUCAGAGCGCAACCCAAAACCCAAAACCAACAACAUGAAAUUCGCCGUCGCCGUUGUCUUCACCUUGGCCCUCGCCAUGGGCGUGCAGUCGUCUGUGAUCCCUCUCCUGUCCCAGGUGGCCGGCCAUGGACUCUCCUACACCGCCGUUUCCGGACCCGCUGUGGUGGCCUCUCCCUGGGCCGUUCCUGCCGCCCACUGGCCCGCCGCCGUGAAUGUGGCUUCCUGGCCGCCGGCAGCGAUCCAUGCCCCGGCUGCCGUGGCCGUCCAUGCCGCCGCUCCCGCCGUGGUGGCCGCCCAUGCUCCUGCCGUCGUCGUGGCCCCGGUGGCCCAUGAGGGUGUGUACACUGCCCAGACCCGUGGAGCCAUUCACACCGCUCCCCUGGCCGGACACAUCCAGUCGGUGGCCUCCAUCAACGCCGCUCCCGCUCCCGGAACUCUGUAAGAAGGAUGCUAUAGAAUAACUAUAGAAUCCUUUUUGCUGAUCGGACCCCCCCGCCUCUACCAUGGAAACUGCCAUUGAUGGGGAAACCCCCGAACUAAAAAUGGGGGACCCCUCGACACUGUUUUGUAAAUACAUUGUAUAUAUAGACAUAUAUAGACAGGGUACUCGCACCUAGCACCUGAACAGGAUCCCUCCACACCUGUCCCUAAAACUGAACCAUCAAAAUUUUCUUUCGACCUAAGCACCCAGCCACUUUUGUGGUUGCCUCUUUCUCUCGCUUACCUAUUUAUUUAGCAAACAUUUUCCAAGCAUUCCUGUGAAAAACCACUCCAAGCUUUUCUUCGAAGCGAAUGCCAAGUGCAUUCUGGGAGGAAUUGUUUGAAUAUUUUGCCAAUAAAGAAAAUGUAA